ACACCGGUCGUUUGUAACCAAAAUAACUUGAAACCCACAUCCAGUUGGCUUAGCGCAUCGGCGAGCGAGGUUUGGGGAAACUGGCACCACGGCCAGCAUGAUUUCAACGGGAUGGUGACCUUGUGGAACGUGUUCUUCGAGACCGCUCCGUACUGCCAGUUAGAACGAGCAUGACGCACGCGGAUCUCUGAUGCACACCAAGGCAGAUUGCCGAACAGUGUUAAUAUUUGUCCAAUGGAACGUCGCAUUGCGGAGAGGUUCCGCGCCGAUAACGAUAUUUCCCCCCUGGAUUUACAGUCCACGCCCCCAUCGUUAGGCAUGCCGAAGGCGGCUGCUCGCGACAUCUACAGCCCGCAAUCGGGACGCACCAGUCAGACGCCGUCACCGUUCCUGGAGCUAACGGCGCAUCGCUCCUUAUCAUCUGUCAGCGUGACGCUGGCCAAUCUGGCGCUGGAUGAGCGCAACUUUCUGGUUCUCGUGGAGGAAGGGCACGUGUCGGCAGUCGACAGAUUUCUCAGGACCCAUCCAAACACGAACGUGAACUGCCGCGACAUCCAUGGUGUAGGUGCACUGCGGCGUGCGACGCGCAAUGAGAACUUUCAGAUGAUCGGGUUUCUCAUUAGCAUACCGCAUCUGUAUGUGGGCGACAGUCUGCUACAUGCCAUCGAGAUGGGCAACACGGAAGUCGUCACGCUGCUUUUGGAAGGCCUCCGAGAACGCGAUGAGCAGCUUGAAUUUAAGCCGAUCCCCGACAGUCCGGAUUAUACGCCUGAUAUGACACCGCUGAUGCUUGCCGCACAUUUGGACGACUUCAACAUGGUAAAGCUGCUGGUGGACCGCGGCCACAAACUACUCCGCCCACAUCCGCCAGACUGCAUGUGCGGCCGCCUGGAAUGCAGCGGCAGCAAAGGCAGCAUCAUGACCUUACUGGAGUACAGCAAGCGCCGCUACAACGCCUACCGCGCUCUGUGCAGUCCGGCGUACAUCACACUCAGCAGCCGUGACGUCCUCAAAAGCUGCUUCAAACUGUGUGGAGAACUGGUUAGCUGUGCGUCCAAAGAACCCGAGCUCUUGCAAAAGUACACCGAACUUGAAGAGAAGCUGCGGAAUUUCGCGCAGGCCAUCCUGGAGCAGUGCAGCACCACCGACGAGGUGGAGCUGAUCCUGAAGCAGCCGCACACGGGCGCACCGGCCGGUUGCGUGUACCCACGGAUUUAUCUAGCGAUCCAAUGCCGUCAGAAAGAAUUUAUCGCCCAUGAAAAUUGCCAGCAGGUUCUCCGCGCCGCGUGGCUGGAUGACUGGCAGGAUUGGCGCGGAAUGUCCAGUCUCGCCAAGCUCUUUCGCAUCCUUUCCAAACUGGGAUUAUUCACGCUCAUUACCGUUUUACACUUAGUCAGUCCACAUUCCCUGGAGUUCGUGCAACGCUUCAUGCGGCCGCCCAUCCACCGCUACGUCAUUAGUACGCUGUUCUAUCUAGCCUUCCUGUUGCUGCUCUUCAUCGAGACCAAUCACGACCGGGACCCGACGUACCGUGGUCCGCCGCGGUCCGGGUUGGAAGUGAUUAUCGUGCUGUAUAUUGUGGGGAGCUGUUGGGAGUUCUCCAAGACCUGGCAGAAUCAGGGGUCCAAGACGUUCCUGGCGGUGUGGUGGAACUGGUAUGAAGCGCUGAAUCUGAUGCUGUUUUUUACGACGUUUUCGAUCUGGUACUGGGCGUUCCUGCGGGCGGGGAGCGGGCCGAAGCUGUCGCGGAUGCAGUGGCAGUGGAAUGAACCGGUGUUAAUUGCGGAGGGGUUGUUUGGGUUCGCCACGAUUCUGGCGUUUGGUCGGCUCCUUCAGAUAUUUCGGAUCGACCGAAAACUCGGACCACUGCUGAUAUCUAUCGGCAAGAUGUCCUUCCAGAUGGCGCGAUUUUUCGUCGUAUACUGUUGCGUGAUGCUGUCUUUCGCCACUGGAUUGAAUCACCUGUAUGAAGCGUACGAAGGACAGGUACGCGCCAAUAGCGACGGCAGCAAUCUCACCCAGAGCGACGCCUUCAUGACCUUUCCCCUCACCGGCAAAACGCUGUUCUGGACGCUGUUCGGUCGCGCUCCGGGCGAAGCCGCCGAUGUGAUAAUCGGCAACCGGUUUGAUAACGGCACCGUGUGGAAGGAUUACGCUUAUCAAGAGCACUCGUUUACGCAGCUCUGCGGAUACAUUAUUUUCGGAUUGUACCACGUCGUCGCCAUUUUGAUGCUGCUGAACACGCUCAUCGCCGUCAUGUCGAACGCUUUUAAUCGCGUGGACGAAAACAGCGACAUGGAGUGGAAAUUCGCCCGUGCGCAGAUCUGGAUUAGCUAUUUCGACAGCGGCCAUGUACUGCCUCCGCCGUUCAACCUCAUUCCCAGUUUAAGCCAGAUUAAAUUCCUCCUCAAGAAAAUUCUGAAACGCGACGAGAUCAACCUGAAAGAAGCGAUCCACCAACGCCGCGAAACCGUCCGCUAUUCGGAACUGCAACAGCGCCUUAUUCAAGCCGUCUUCGCGCAGAUCGAAAAGGAGAAAUCCACGGAUCAACUGGCGGAGAUUUAUAAAUGUCUGCAAAAGGUCAUGCAAAAACUGGAUAUUUCUUAAAGCAUGAUGAUUGUAAAUCACGCUGACCUUUGACUGUGCGAUUGUGCGGUGUCGUUGACAGCUUUUCAAUUUGUGCGCCGCGUUGUUAUCGGCGAAGGAUUUUUUCUUGUCAGUCCUUUUUUAAACUGCUCACUAGUUUCUUAUUGAAGCUGAGCACGUAAUGUGUGGUGAAAUUUAUCCUAGGUAAUUCCUGUUUAACAAAUAUGUGUUGACAAAAUUAUUGUUGUUGUUGCUGCUGUUGUUGCC